UUUACAUGUUUAUCGUAUGGUUGCUUACAAUGUAUAUAGGUACAGACAACAUAUAAUUUUUACUUUUUCUGUCUUAAAGGUCAACAUGCACAAAAAAGUCAUGUUUUUCCCUGGAAAAGUCAAAGUUGUGUUCCGUAAGGGGCCUCUAGGGUAUCUCCUUCAGGAGCCAACUGAUGAGGCUAGGCUGAUUAAAAACAACCCAUCACUGCAGGACAAGUCAGCACUAAUGAAGGAGGACCUUGUCAGACAAAACGCUCUGACUGUGGUCCGCCAGAGAGGAGGUGAUGCCUCAGACAAAAAAGAGGUGUUGGGCGAAUACAUUCUCCAGUUUGGAAAAUACAAGGACAAGUCCUUCCGGUGGCUGCUUGAGAAUGACAUGGGGUACACCAUAUAUCUGAUGAAGACCCUGCAUCAGGAAGAGGCUGCCGGAGACUUCAUGGCAGAGGGACACAGCAAAACCAACCUUGUGUCAUUUGUCAGAUAUGCUCACAGCUUUCAGGAAAUUGAGUCUCUUCUUAGCUAUGUGUCGAGAACCCCGGCUGCACCAGCAGCCUCGUCCGAGGAUGAACAACUGGUUGGUUUCGGGGCUCGUGCCAAGAGCACAUGGCAGAAUAUUUGGAAAUGCAGGUCUGAUGGAUAUGCAUCCUUUGUAUUGGGGGCAAGCUGUGUCCAAGGGACACGGAUGCACAAACUGCAGCAAUACCUGCGGAAAAAGCAGCAGCAGCAGGAGGAGCUGAUCUGUAUGCCUGUGUCAUAACUCAGCCUGUGGGUCAGUUUGUGUAUUUUUGUCAUUUGAUCUUCAGAAGGACAUAUUGACAUUUUGUCAAUUAAUAUAAACGUUAACAUAACUUAUCAUUUUACUCAUACAUUGCUAAUUUCACACAUUGAACUUCAGUUAACACAGAGCUAUAUUUUAAGAAAUCCAUUCUGUGAAAAUGUUUUUUUUUACAACCCAUUGUUUCUUGUCUUUCUCCAACACAGAGAUGGAUGACGAUGUUGAGUUGGAGACUGCAAUGCUGAGAAUCACCCCCUCCAAGCUACAGGUGCAGUUGCCACCACCACCAUCAUCCUCAGCAGCUGAGUCGGGG